UAUAAACUUUAUAUAGAUAAAAUGAAAAAUAUUUUAUUCGUAGAAAAACGUGUGCGCGAAAUAGCCCUUUUAGCUCGUAUGCUGUUUUGUUUAGACACGUGAGAAGAAUGUGACCAACCGACCACGGUCCAACUCUAUCCCACUCCCUCUCGACGCUGCAGUCUCGCUCCCUCGACCGCCGCCAAAAACCCACCGCUCACACUCCCCUCGCCCCGCGGCUCCCCCGCCUCCCCCCAAUGCCGUCCGCCGCCCCUAGCCUGAGCUCCGCCGCCUCCGCCCACGGAUCCGGCUCAGCGGCGAGGGGCGUGCGGGUGGCGCUGGACGGCGGCGGUGGCGGUGGCGGCGGCAGCAGGAAGGUGGUGGAGCGGACGCCUGUUGCAGUGAAGGUGGGCUCGAUGCUCAUGGCAGCCUCCGAGUCCCACAGGUUUCAGCUCUUCUACUUCAUUGCCAUUACAGUGCUCGCUCCAGUCCUCCAACCUUGCGAAUCCAUUGAGCUCCGCCGCGAGCUCUCUGGUUGGUCAAAUGGGAUUGCUACAUGGUAUGGUGACCCUAAUGGCGCAGGAAGUGAAGGUGGUGCAUGUGGAUACCAGUAUGCUGUUGACCGGCCACCAUUCUCAUCCAGGAUCGCUGCCGGUAGCCCAUACAUCUAUGACUCAGGCAAGGGAUGUGGUUCAUGCUACCGGGUGGUGUGUGCUGGCAACGAAGCUUGUUCCGGUAUCCCUGUAACAGUUGUCAUCACUGACCAAGGGCCUGGUGGCCCGUGCAUGGAAGAGCUAGUUGACGGUCAAUGCAUGAAUGAAGCAGCUCACUUUGACAUGAGUGGGACAGCAUUUGGUGCAAUGGCGAAGCCUGGUCAGGCUGACCAACUCCGUGGUGCUGGCCUUCUCCAAAUUCAGUACACCCGUGUGGAGUGUGACUGGAGUGGAGUUGGACUAACCUUCGUCGUGGACUCCGGCUCCAAUCCAAACUACCUUGCCCUGCUGGUGGAGUACGAGGACAGCGACAGCGACCUUGCAGCCGUCGACAUCAUGCAGAUUGGCGCUGGUGCGCCGGGGUCAUGGAUCCCAAUGCAGCAGUCAUGGGGCGCUGUGUGGAGGCUCAACUCCGGCUCCCCCCUGCAGGGCCCGUUCUCUGUCCGCCUGACGUUCAGCUCCGGCCAGAUGUUUGUCGCCAGCAACGCCAUACCGGCCGGGUGGAGCCCCGGCAUGGCGUACCUGCCCGGUGGCGUGGCUGUGGGGGCCAGGAGAAGAAGUGGCGGCCGCCGGGGCUCCGAGGCCGUCGGGAUGCUCGCUGGCCUGUGUCACCUUCUUCUGCUGCUGUUGUUUAUGGUGUUCGAGUUGUGAUGUGCACCGGCAUGUGCUGUAACUUGGGUGCUUUCUGUAGGAUUAGCCAUGGUUGGAUUAGUCCGUGUGUGCUUUCUCUGUAGCUCAGAUGAUGUAUUGCCCGUAGCAUUGGAGACAUUUUCGAUUGAUCAUGUGCUCGAUUAAUGGAGUAGGUAGUAUUCCACUAUUCUU